AUGUUUGUCGGUUCGCCUCAUGUUUGGAGAGAAUGGAAAAAUGUGAUGAGGUCAUUUGAAGAAUUAGUAGAACAAUAUGAUGCCGAAGCGCUUCAAUUAGACGAAUCUUCCCUGGCUAGCCUUGAGGCGAAUAUCACUAGAUCUCUAUGUAUCGUAAUCGCUUGUAAACCGCUCCUGGCUCGAUCGCUGAUGAGUCCUUGGUUACGAGUAGUAGGACUAUCCCAACCGAAUAUCCAGUAUCUGGAAUCGACUGGUGUUAUCGAUCUCAAUGUGCUUUUUACCAAAGUCGAGAAAGACCGAACCGAAGGCAAACUCAUUGUUGAUCGCCAUCCGAAUGACUAA